UGCUAAAGUCUGAAUUACAAGAUACACCACACAGAGGCCUGUAAAAUAGUCAUCAUAUUCGAUCAAGAUGGUAAAGACAACACAUGGCUAAGAAAAGUUUGUUUUUCCUUCACGAUUACAGCCGUUGUCGCGGGACAAUGACACUGGACGAUUCAAAUUGUCAACGAUGCAAUUGUAGUGGGUGUCUGGUAGAUCUUAAACAAAGUCUUUAAAUCGAUGAUACCGUCUACAUUGUUGGGUAGAAUUUCUCGCAAACAGGUGCCAUCUUCAACCAUCAGUAAGGUAAUGCAUAGAGGAUGUCACACCGUCAUUUCUUGGAAAAGCCUAAAAAUACGUUCUGCGAUCGUAUCAAAACUGAAAGUCAUGACAAUCCCAAUGUACGAAUAUUGUUGAAAUUUCAGUUUAAGAGACGCAUUACCGCUCUGAACGUAGUUGAUUCAGUUCCGUGGAAAGAGCUUCGAAAAGGAGACUUCGAAAAUAAAAUUGUAACCAUAGUUGAGGAAUUGUCUAAAUUUGAUUUAAAACCUCGGUUAAUUAAGUGUCACAGAGCAGAUAAAAAAGUUCAUGUAAUCAAAAUAAUGUUUCAAUCCUUUGAUAGUCGAUUGUGUGAAAACAUUGGCCUUCGUAAAAUAUUUACUCAAGCUAUUUGCUUUAAAGAAAGGGAAAAACUUUUAAAAUUUUUAGAAAAUUAUGUUUCUUUUGUGCAGUGUGCGAUUAGUAGCCUUAAAUGUCGGUCUAUGUUGGAAUUUCGGAUUUCCUUGAAAGAGCGUGAAGUCUGUAAAAAUCGAUUUCAAAACGAUGAUUGUAGAUAUUCCAAAACAAUAGACGUACGUUGUAAAAUAAUUAAUAAUGUUUCGGUAAAACCAGCGACUUGUAACCAAUCAACACAAACGUCAGACAAUGAUAUAGAUUUUAAAAAGAGUAAUUUAGAAGUAAAUUUUGAGUCAAAGAAUAGCAGUCGAAAACCGCAAGAAAAUGAUAAUUUAAGACGUGAUUUAUGCCAUCAAAAGUUUUUAAUCCGAAAAAUACAGAGACAGUUGGAAUUAGAAAGACAGAAAUAUAUCGAAGAAGAAAAACGUUUAGCAUCGGAAAUAUUAAGUUUGAAAAAUGCCCUUCGCAAGAUGGAUAACGAGAAGAGAGUUGUCUUAGCCGAGCUUGGAAAUAUUUUAGUCAAAAACGAUUUAAAAACGAAUGAAGCAAGAGCAGUAAAAAAAUUUCAGGAGAUUUUUCCUCGUAAGGCAGUAAAUCAUGGAGGCGAUGAUACGCCAGAGUAUAGUCCGAUGUCAAUCGUAAAUGCCAACAUUUCGUUCAGUGGCACUAUUUCAGAAACCAGGAUUGGACCUGUAGAGGUACGUCCACAGCAAAGCAAUAAUCAGCAAAAAAGGAAUAGACCUCAAAAUCAAGAUAACAAUGAAAGUGGCGCUUUAUUUGAAUUAAUACCAUUCCCUGUUGAAGUGGCCGAAGGAAGUAGCGCAGAGUCAAUUGGUAAUCCAGUAGUGUUGAACGGCUACAAGCAGUUAUUGCUCACAAUUAGUUAUAGCCUACUCUUAGGUGAUAUUGUGGAGUUUAAGUGUUGGGCAAGGGAAAAUUUUUCCAUUGAAACCAAAUUUACAGCAACCGACGUCAUUCUUGAUUUAGACGGGAAAGGUGUUAUCAGUGUUUCAGAUUUAGGUGUGCUCCGUGUUUUCUUCCAGUCGAUUAAAAGAAUUGAUUUAGUUUGCCUCAUUGAUGAAUUUAACUGCGGAGACCAUGCUAUGCUGAAAUUGGCCAUGUGUGGAAUAAAGGCAAGAAGCGUAAGAAAAACACGUGAAAUCACAAGAAGUCAGGCUCACCUGUCUAGGAUCCUUACGAAAAAUCAUCCUUCGAGCUCUUCAUCUCCUGUGGAACAGAGCGUAGCAUCAGAAUCCAGCCGGAGCAGUCAAUGUAUAGGCAGUAGUCAACAUGACGCUUCCCGUGGGUGUUCGCGAUAUUCUCGAAGGAUCUCCAGAUCAGUUGAAAAUGAAGUUCCGACGAGCGAGAGAUUCCUACAGAUUCCUACAGAUCGUACCAGACGGGAAAAUGAAAGAGGUGAUGGCAAUAGGUCUCGAGCAAAGAUUACCUCGAGUGCUGCUGAGAAAAGGGUGACGAAGCAAAAUCUCUCCGGGCAAUUAAAUAUGUCUCCGGGAUCAAAUAACGUGGUGGAACAAUUGCAAGUGGAAAGAUGGUUGUGUAAUCACUACAAAAGACGUUGCAUGGUGAAAUUUGAUUGUUGUGAUAAAUACUGGGCUUGUCAUCGUUGCCACAACGAGACGAGCACGUGCCAGCAAAAGAAACUGAAAUCACGUGAUACGACGAUGGUAAAGUGCAUGGAAUGCGGAAAAGAACAACAAUUUGGCGAAAAUGAUCAAUUCUGCGUGGCAUGUAACAGUAAAUUCGCUGAUUAUUAUUGUGGUCUUUGCAAACAUUUGACUGGAAUGGAUGAUCAUCCCUAUCAUUGUGAAAAAUGCGGAAUAUGCAGGAUCCACGGAGAUCGUUCAUAUCAUUGCGACGUCUGUGGUGUUUGUCUUGAUGUUCAACUCAGAGGAAACCAUAAAUGUCGUCCAGAUUCCGCUCAUGACAACUGUGGUAUUUGCUUUGAGGACGCAUUUACAGGCUGCCAGAUCCUUCCGUGCUCCCACAAAGUUCAUAAGGAAUGUGUUACACGUAUGAUUCAAAAUGGAAUGACACGUUGCCCGAUUUGCCGAGAAAGUUUUGCGCACAAACUUCAAAAACGAUCUAUUGAAAAGACAACAACCAGGAGAUGAGAUGUUUGUUUUGUAUUGUCACGUUUUGCUGUGUGUGGAAUUUAUUGGUCCAAUUAACAAGGACACCGUAGCGUGAAACAUGGACGGAUAACAAUUAUGAAAUAUUCUAAUAACAAUACGUAUAGCUAGCACUUAAAUAUACAACAUAACAGAAUAUCGUUAUAAAUAGUCAGUAAAAUUUUUUAAUAUGCAAUCUUCGUCUAUUAGCAAUAAAUUUCUCGUUCAUUGUAUUGUCAGCGUGUAUUGUGAACAAAACACUCACAACAGACUCUAACCCUUACAUUAUUUUAGUACAAUACAGGAUGUUAGUGG